UCAAGUGGUGCUGUUGUAACAGAGAGCCAGACCUAUAAGAAACGAGCUGAUUUCUUAAGUAAUGAUGACUAUGCUGUGUAUGUGAGGGAGAAUAUUCAGGUUGGGAUGAUGGUUAGGUGCUGCAGAACCUAUGAGGAGGUUUGUGAAGGAGACGUAGGCAAAGUUAUUAAAUUGGAUCGAGAUGGAUUGCAUGACCUGAACGUACAGUGUGAUUGGCAACAAAAGGGUGGUACUUACUGGGUCAGAUAUAUCCAUGUUGAGCUUUUAGGAUUCCCACCACAGAGUUCUGCCUCUCAUAUCAAGAUAGGUGACAAAGUGCGUGUGAAAAGCUCUGUUACCACACCCAAAUACAAAUGGGGAUCAGUUACUCACCGAAGUGUGGGAGUUGUCAAAGCUUUUAGUGCCAAUGGAAAAGAUGUCAUUGUAGACUUUCCUCAGCAGUCUCAUUGGACUGGCUUAUUGUCAGAAAUGGAACUGGUCCCCAGCAUUCAUCCUGGAGUCACGUGUGAUGGCUGUCAGAUGUUUCCUAUCAAUGGGCCUAGAUUCAAAUGCAGAAACUGUGAUGAUUUUGACUUUUGUGAAACCUGUUUUAAAACCAGGAAGCAUAACACCCGACAUACUUUUGGCAGAAUAAAUGAACCAGGUCAGUCUCCGGUGUUUUGUGGGCGUUCUGGAAAGCAGUUGAAGAGACGGCAUAGUAGCCAGCGGGGAAUGUUGCUGGAUGAUUGGUCAAGAAUAGUUAAGAAUUUGAAUGUCUCAUCCUCUGUGAAUCAGGCUUCACGUCUUAUUGAUGGUAGUGAGCAGUGCUGGCAGUCUUCUGGCUCACAAGGAAAGCACUGGAUUCGCUUGGAGAUUUUUCCAGAUGUUCUUGUUCACAGACUAAAGAUGAUAGUGGACCCUGCAGACAGCAGUUACAUGCCCUCUUUAGUUGUAGUUUCAGGGGGGAAUUCCUUAAAUAACCUUAUAGAGCUAAAGACAAUCAAUAUAAAUCCUACAGACACCACAGUGCCUCUUCUCAGUGAUUGUACAGAAUACCACAGGUAUAUUGAGAUUGCAAUCAAGCAGUGCAGAAGCUCUGGGAUUGAUUGCAAAAUCCAUGGCCUCAGCAUACUGGGACGUAUACGUGCAGAGGAUGAAGAUUUGGCUGCAGUCCCUUUCCUUGCUUCUGAUAAUGAGGAAGAGGAUGAUGAUAAAGCUAAUACUGGGAGUCUUGUUAGAAAGAAGGCAGCUGGGCUUGAAUCAGCAGCUACAAUAAGAACCAAAGUUUUUGUUUGGGGACUGAAUGACAAAGACCAGCUGGGAGGGCUGAAAGGUUCCAAGAUAAAGGUCCCUUCCUUUUCUGAAACCCUAUCUGCCUUGAAUGUUGUACAAGUAGCUGGAGGAUCGAAAAGCCUUUUUGCAGUGACUGUAGAGGGUAAAGUAUAUGCCUGCGGAGAAGCCACAAAUGGAAGGCUGGGUUUAGGAAUAUCUAGUGGAACUGUGCCUAUUCCCCGCCAGAUUACAGCUCUUAGUAACUAUGUGGUAAAGAAGGUGGCUGUUCACUCAGGUGGCCGGCAUGCUAUGGCAUUAACUGUUGAUGGAAAGGUAUUUUCAUGGGGUGAAGGAGAUGAUGGAAAACUUGGUCACUUCAGUCGAAUGAACUGUGAUAAACCCAGAUUGAUAGAAGCAUUGAAAACCAAACGCAUCCGUGAUAUUGCUUGUGGCAGUUCCCACAGUGCUGCCAUUACCUCUAGUGGUGAACUGUAUACAUGGGGUCUUGGAGAAUAUGGAAGGCUAGGACAUGGAGAUAAUACCACACAGCUGAAGCCUAAGAUGGUUAAAGUGCUCCUUGGCCACAGGGUCAUUCAGGUUGCUUGUGGAAGUAGAGAUGCUCAGACUCUUGCUUUGACAGAUGAAGGUUUGGUGUUUUCUUGGGGUGAUGGUGAUUUUGGAAAACUGGGCCGAGGAGGAAGUGAAGGAUGCAACAUUCCUCAGAACAUCGAAAGACUGAACGGCCAAGGCGUUUGUCAGAUUGAGUGUGGUGCACAGUUCUCAUUGGCACUGACCAAGUCAGGAGUGGUAUGGACAUGGGGUAAGGGCGACUACUUCAGGCUAGGCCAUGGCACAGAUGUACAUGUACGAAAGCCACAAGUUGUGGAAGGAUUGAGGGGUAAAAAGAUCGUACACGUGGCUGUAGGCGCACUCCAUUGUCUAGCGGUUACUGACACUGGGCAGGUUUAUGCUUGGGGUGACAAUGACCAUGGGCAACAAGGCAAUGGAACUACUACUGUCAAUAGAAAGCCCACUCUUGUCCAGGGCUUGGAAGGCCAGAAAAUCACCCGGGUUGCCUGUGGGUCUUCCCACAGUGUAGCGUGGACAACAGUGGAUGUAGCUACACCAUCUGUUCAUGAACCAGUACUUUUCCAGACAGCGAGGGACCCUUUAGGUGCUUCUUAUCUUGGUUGGUGUUCCUUCAGAUGCAGAUUCUUCUGCUGCCAGUAACAAAAUUAGUGGGGC